AUGACCAUUCCAGCGUCGCUUCAGGAUGGCAGCUCGGCUCAGCCGGCGCCAUUGCCGGCCGUCUCUAAUCUAGCUACCAGUCUCCAGGCCAACAUCGAGCGGUCCAGAGACAGUCGAGCGCCUGCUAACGGAGGAGAUGCUACCGAUGGGGUUCGCAACCGGAGAGAUACUACCGAUGGGGUUCGCAACCGGAGAGAUACUACCUUCUACAAAUCGGCUAGCAUUUUCAUAAAUGAGCCUGUGGGAAGCAUGAGUCUCAGUCCAGCCAACCGAGACGUCGUUCUGGCCGCAAGGAAAGGCUUAUACAUUGUCGAUCUCGAGUCACCCUUCGCUCCGCCCCGCUUCCUGGCUCAACUAUCUACCUGGGAGGCAGCCGAUGUCCAGUGGUCUCCUCACCCUUCCCGCGCUCACUGGGUCGCGAGUACCAGUAACGAUCGCCUCUUGAUCUGGAAUCUCGAUAGACCCGAAGGAGCUCCGCGAGGACCUCUUCCCCUGGCAAACCGCGACUCGGGCGUACAUAGCGCCUCAGCUUCGACAAAGAUCGCCGGCGGGACUUACACUACUGCUUCUACCUCUCCAACAGAGGGCACCUCGCCAAAAUCUCAGUCUGUCAACCCGCUUCAUCAGAGCCUCUCAGCUCCUGCCUCCACUUCUUCUCCUCGAUCAUCAGCAAUCGAGUACGUACUGUCUGCUCAUACAAGAGCUAUCACAGAUAUCAAUUUCUCUGCCCAUCACCCCGAUGUCCUCGCCUCCUGCGGAAUCGACGCCUGGAGCUGGGUGUGGGAUCUCAGGACGCCGUCGAAGCCCGUAGCGGGCUACUCUGCUUGGAAUGCGCCGGCGACGCAGAUCAAGUGGAACCGUUCUAGCCCGCAUAGACUUGCCACAGCAGUAGACAAUAAGGUGCUGAUAUGGGACGAGCGCAAGGGAGCGCUGCCCCUGGCUACCAUUGAAGCUCACGUCAAUCAGAUCUAUGGUCUGGAUUGGAGUCGUGCUACAUCAAGUAGAGGACUCGACUGCCUCGUCACCUGCUCCCUCGAUGGAGCUGUCAAAUUCUGGGAUCUCGGCACCCCUGCUUCCCAAGCUGCCAUUGCUACACGCUCUCUCGUCACCCAGCCAGAGCAAGUCAUUCAGACGUCGACGCCAAUUUGGAGAGCUCGUCACCUACCUUUCGGUAAAGGAGUGAUGACUUUGCCUCAGCGUGGUGAUACGACUCUGAGCAUGUGGUCCAAAGAACAUCCUGAGAACGGACCUGCGGAGCAGUUUGUCGGGCACAAGGACAUCGUCAAGGAGUAUCUCUUCCGAUCCCGCGGAGGCGCCGAUCCAGACAAUGACGACCGAAGGUUCCAAUUGAUCACAUGGAGCAAAGAUCAGACUCUGAGGCUCUGGCCGGUGUCUGAAGACGCUAUGAAAAAGGUUGGACAUCGACCUGGAGCAAAGAUCAAGGUGCUGCAAACCCGGAAGAACGCAAAAGACAUCUCCUAUCGGGAUCCGCCGUACUUGAUUGCGCAACGGCAACAGGGUAGGAGCCCUGCUGGCGGCAACGAGACGCGGCUUCCGAAUAUACACCACCAGCAACCUUCUGCUGGAACCUCUGCUGCCACUUCACCAGGUGGGGCCGCCGCACGUGUAGGGUCUACAGACCAGGGAGAUUUCACGUCAUCUCCUGUCCCUCUUCCGAGCAAGGGCCUUCUGAGCAGCUCAUUGACAGAUCGGACAGGAGGAGCGGGCCCUUUCUCACAUUCUGCGGCCAGUCCAUCCUCCCAUCUGCUGUUGUCCAGAUCAUUUCCAAAGAGUGUCAGCAGGAGUCAGCCAGGGGCCAGUAUCGGUGAGAAGGGCCAGUCGUAUGGCUCCGUCUUGACGGUUGGUGGAGCCGCUUCGACGAGAUCGCACGAGACUCGCCGCUCAGGCGGGGUAGCAAGUACCGGGACCUCGUCCUUCGUCGCCCCGGCAAAUGCUUUAGCGGGCGGUCGGUACGCUUCCCUUCUCACUGCAAGAGCCGACCCGGGAGCGAGUGCUGGGGCGCAGAGCGGAGGCGAAAGUGCUGCGGUUCGUCGGUCGAAGCGAAGAAGCAAGCGCUUAGCACAGGGAGCCGCUUCAACGUACAUGACUCGAGGGACUGGUGCCGCUCUAGGUGCAGACCUCCUGAGGAUGAAGGUAGGCACGCUUUACAGCUCGCAGAGUCGACGUAGCCGGAACGAAGCGGUAUCGUGGAUCUCAGGCGUCAAGGUGGACAAGUACGACCACAGAUCUCGAAGAUCGAAGAGUGAAGAGAUGAAACAUAGUUCAAGUGCUGGAGACUUGGUAUUGAAGAGACCGAGUGUCAUGUCAAGAGGGGUCUCGGAUGGCCUUGUAAGAAGCCCGAUGGUCAGACACGAUAGUGACGUGGACAAGAGCGGCGAAAUUGAUCUGCAAGAGGAAAUCAUUGAUGUCAGCAAAGAGAUUCCGCAGGUGUCAUACGAGAAGGUUGACAUCGCAAAGCGAGCCUGCAUACUGUGCCUGUACGGCCCAUGGGCCAAGGGCGGUCCGGUCUAUAUGCGACUUUCCCUCCGCUUCCCAGCCUCCUAUCCUUCCGAAGCGCCCAAGUUUGAUCUCGAUCACAAUGCCUUUGUCUCUCUUAAGACUAGGGCCUUUCUCCUCAGAGCACUGCGAGCUAUCAUUGCCGAGUGUGUUGCGCAACUCGAAGGCUGCAUGAAGCCCUGUGCUCGUUUCCUGGCCGGCAGUCGCACCAUAGAAGUGGGCGACGAUGUUGUCCUCGCACCACAGAGUGCUCCCUUUGGCGAAGACUCGGACGAGGAAGAAGCUGCAACAGAGAAGGGAGGAGGCAAGAUCCGAGGGCAGAUGAUUCGUCUUCUGCCUGGAGCAAGAUGCGGAGCUAGCUUCAGUCCGAGUGGAGACUUGGUGAUCUUCAACGUUGUCAAGACGCCGAGCCACUCUCGUGCCCAGUCUCGGCUACGUAACGUCAUUGCCUCUAUGCCUGAGCCUCCAACCAUGGCUGGCGGUGGUGGUGGGGCAGGAUCGAAUGCAGGUACCUUUCAGCCAGACUCCACGGCCGCCUCAGUCAGUGCGACGGGCGCAGGAGCUCGUCCAGCCGGUGGGCGGUUUCUCACCUCGUACGCCUCGAUCACCUCCGCCAUGGACUCCUUGACGAAGAUGGCCACCGAGGGAGGCGUUGAAGAUGACUCUGGCAGGGGCCGCGCUUCGCACCUCGAGAAGUCUGCAGUGGACAAGGGAAUGCCCGGUCCUGAGCUGAUGCACUUGAUGGAUGCUCGCUUCCUCGCUCGUAGGCUGCAGGCUCGAUCUGACUCAAAGAAGAAUGGCGAGCAGAAUGGAGCUGGUAGCAAUGCCGACAGUGACGCUCCUCUUCCGCACGAGGCCACACCCAGCAGUCCGCAACGAGGUCGCGGCAGGCAGGGACCCGCUACCGCUCCUCUCGCCCCCCUAUCCUCUCUAGACCACUCCGAAGUACACUCGCAAGUCUCCUCUCGCAACCCGUCGCGGGACAUGAGUCCCUUGACCAAGCGCACUCCUCGCUCCCGAUCUGUUGCGAUCGGAAGGGAUAGACACAAUGCCUCUCCUUUGGUCGCUUCUGGUCGCUUGGUACAUGCCCACUCGGAAGUUAAGAUUUAUAGAGUAGACGUUAGCGCGCUUACGCUGCGGAUCUCUAGGCGCGAAGAGGAGCAGGAGGAGCAGGAGGCGAUGGAGCGCGAGCAAAGGGCAAUGAGAAGUGAUGAGGUCAAAGUUGUGGACAUGGCCAAUUCUAGCAGGAGUAGGAGCCAAGAACACAAGAGGGGCAAAGGCCAGAGGUCUGGAGAGGAGGGCAACGAGGACGAAGGAGGUGAUCCCGGUGGAGGGCGAUCCAGGACUGAAGCGCUUGCCCGCCCGGCAAUGGGGAGGAAACGAUCUGCCAGCUCGCCAAGCACGCCGGUGCGCGCUCUGCAGUGA